AUGGGCGCUGAUGCCGCGACAGGGGAGGCGACCGCAGGAUAUUCCGCCUGGAACCCACGGGGAUGGUCAUUAACGAAAAAAUUAUCUCUUGCGGCCGGUGCGGUUGUUGUCAUUGUUGCUGUUAUUGUGGGUGCUGUGCUUGGAACGCGGGCCCAUCGCUACCCAGAUUAUACCCAACUCAGCUACAGUUUGGUAGACACAUAUUCGGGGUCUAAUUUCUUCGAUAAUUUCUAUUAUGCUACUUCUGAUCCAUCGGGUGGUUUUGUUCAGUAUCUUGAUGAAGCCUCAUCUAAAUGGUCUAAUUUAACAUACGCCUCGAGCACAUCCGCCGUGCUCAAAGUCGAUACUACAUACAGUGGAGAGGACGAAGUGGCCAAUGGUCGCCAAUCCGUCCGCAUCACUUCUAAUAAUACCUACGCUGAUGGGCUGUUCAUUUUUGAUAUUCUGCACACUCCUUACGCCUGCGGCAUUUGGCCUGCUCUGUGGCUCACAGACCCCAGUAACUGGCCAGAGCAUGGCGAGAUCGAUGUCAUGGAAGCAGUGAACAUGGGCGAAUGGGGCAACCAAGCAACUCUCCACACGUCCAAGGGAUGCAACAUGGGUGUGAAACGGAAGGAAACAGGAACUGCGCUAUACAAAACCUGUUACUGGGACGCGAAUGACGAAUCAGGAUGUGGAGUCAGAGGUGCUAAGGUCACAUACGGUCCCGAAUUCAAUGCGAAGGGCGGCGGAGUUUAUGCUAUGGAGCUUCGCGAUGCUGGCAUUCGAGUUUGGAACUGGAUUCGCGACGAUAUUCCAGACGAUAUUACUUCUGAGAGUCCCGAUCCUUCCACUUGGGGGGAGGCUUACGCGGAUUUCCCGAGUACGGAUUGUGACAUUGGAAGUCAUUUCAAAAACCAAAGCAUCAUUGCCAACAUCGAUUUCUGUGGAGGCUGGGCAUCUGCGACGGAGUAUUACACAACACAAAGUGGUUGUCCAGACACUUGUGAGACUUUUGUGAUGGACAACCCUUCAAACUUUACGACCGCAUACUGGGAGUUUAAGAGUUUCAAAGUUUAUCAGGCAAACACAUAG